CCAGUAGUAAAAACUAUAACAUACUUUUUGAAUCAUCAGAUGUUAAUGCAUCCAAUUAAUUAAUAUUUUAAACAAAUAGACAUUUGAUUUCAUUACUUUUAAUGUUGCAGAAUUAUGCAAUGUAUCAAACUAUCAAUUAAAUUUUAGUUCAAAAAUUUUCAGCUAUCAGCAUGUGGGAAUCGUCUUUCGAGAAUGUAUGGAGUUGCAAAACUGCAUCACCUUGUCCAUCUUGAUCUGUCAAAUAACAAUAUUGCAUGGAUAGAAGGCUUGAAAGAACUUACUCAAUUAUCAGUAUUGAAUUUAUCCAGAAAUAAUAUUAAGUGUGUGCAGAGUCUUCAGCAUUGUAUAAAUUUGACUCAUAUAGAUUUAUCAAAAAACAUAAUAUCAGCUUUCACUGAUUUAUCUUAUCUCACAAAACUUCAGACACUUAAUGUUGAUGGAAAUAAAAUAACAACAUUACAGAAUGCAUCUACAUUCUUUCCACAUUCAUUAUGUUCUCUUUCUUUAGCAGAUAAUUGUAUAACAGAUUUAAAUGAGAUAUCUUAUCUGUAUGGGCUGCCGUGUCUUGAACAAUUAGCUAUUGCCAAUAAUCCAGCAAUAUUGAUGACAGGACAAUUAGCAGGAUUUGAUUAUAGACCAUUUGUUGUCAACUGGUGUUUAGGUAUAAGAUUACUUGACGGAUUUGUAGUUACUCAGAAAGAAAGUCUAAAAGCUGAAUGGUUAUAUAGUCAAGGGAAAGGUCGACAUUUUCAGCCAGGAGAACAUAUUGAACUAGUAGAAUAUCUGUCUCAAGUUUGUCCACUAACAACAGCUGAUCAAUUGAUAGUUGAAGAAGAGGAACGUUUAACGAGAAUCCUAAGAAUGCAAAGACAGCAUAGAGAAGAAUUACUGCAUGAGAUGUCAAACUCUCCAAAAGAACAAAGGAAAUGGACUCAGCAGUCACCUUUACGAGAACAAUUACAAUCCUCUGAUGACAAAAGCCACAUGUCACCAAAACUUUCUUCACAGGACAGAGAGUCUCGAGUGAAUGUUCAUAAUUCGUCAGAAAAUGGUUUUUUGCCAGAUAAGUUACAAAAAAAUGAACAAGCUGUUACAAGUAAUGAACUUUCUCAGUUAGAGAAUAACAAAAUUAAUUCCAACAAACAAGAAAGAACAAUAUUUUCAACAGCAAAAAGUCCUGUUACAAUUGAACAAAUUCCAACGACUGAAAUGUUGAAAAGUUGUUUUCAGUCAUAUGAAGAUAGAAUCAUUCGUCCAAAUCAUAAUAUAGAAAUGAUCAAAUCUGUAAAUAGUAUUUCGGGAUCAUAUUUAAGCAAUGUUGUUUCUAAUACAACACCUGUCCGCAAAAUAUCAAUUAAAAGAUCCAGUACUCAUUCUCCGUCGUCUCCUGCAACUGGAAGACGACCAAGAACACCACGUGCUCAAUGGAAAAGUAGAGUGAGUUCUUCGAGAGGAAGUUCUCCCCAAGAUACAGAAUGUAGAAGAGCUCUUCAUGCACGACAUAAUAGUGAAAGUGAUACAUCAGAAGAAUGUGGUUGGCCAUACAAAGCAACUGGAAUUCAAUCUCCUUUAAGACAAAGAAAGCAAUCGACUGAAAAAACUACUAGGCAUUCCAAUUGUGCAUCACUUAGACAUUCAUACAGUCAAACUCCCAUCCAUUCUGAUCCCUCAAGAUCUAAAACUCCAUCAUCAGUAAAUAAUAAUGUUUGUAAUGAAAACAGAAGGAAUGUUAACAGGAUUUUACAAAGUGGUUCACUUAUUCCGUCACCUUGUAAUUCUCCAAUAAUUGGUUCCCGAGCUAGUAGAAGCCCCAUUAAGAAAAGUAUAUCAGAUAAUGUUAUCUGUGUUACUCAACAACAGGAAAAGCUUAAUGCUCAAAAACUGAAAAAGAUGGAAAAGGCUGUAAUUAAAAUACAGUCAACAUGGCGAGGCUAUUACGCACGUCACUUUAAUCCUGCAGUUUAUGGUGCGCGACAAGAAAUCCGAUUAAGAAGAAUGGAAGAUAGUAUUCAAUUUCUUCAUAAUAUAGUUUUGAGGCAGCAAGAAGAACUGCAGCAAGAGAAAGAACUAAGAAAAGUACAGGCGGCUGAUAUUUCCAAACUUCAUGUGCAGCUUGAACAAAUACAAGAAAGCUUAGAAAAAAUUAGUGAAAUCAAGCAUCAGAAUCUCAUCAUUAGAGAAGGAGAAUUGGAAACAAAUCUUAUGUGUGUCAUUGAUACAAAUAAGGGAAAUGAAAAUAAAAAAAACAUUCCAUGUGUAUUAGAUGAAAAAGAAAUGCUUUCAAAUCCAAAUGGACCAACUAUUACUCAACAAUCCGAGAAAGCAAAGAACUCACUAGUGCCAUUCACUCCCAUUUCUCCCUCUCAUACGUCACCUGUUGGAUCUCCUGGAGAUGUGAAAAUUUCCAAAUCGUCUAAUGCCAUUCACUGUGCAGAUAUUUGCGUCCCAGUAGCUUCUGAAUCUGAUACCGAUUCUGGUUGGCAGAGCAUGAUUGGCUCAUUUGCUGGAGAUGGCCAGAGUCUUGAAAAUGGUUUUCACAUUCUUGAAAAUGGAAAAAAUGAUUCUGUAAGUACAACCAUGUCGAGUGGAAUUCCAACUUUAUGUAUUAGUCAAAAAGUGGUAAAUAAUUCUUCUGGUUCUAAACUUUCUCAUGGGAUAACAAAUGAAGAAAAUCUUAUCAAUAGUAUUAGAGACAGUUUUCUUACAUCAUCAUCCAUAUUUCAGGAAGAAGUUACUAAUUGUAUUUUACUAAGCAACAAAAAUAAGUUAGGUUGUAAUAAUAAUAAUAAUGGUAAUGAAGAUAGUGGAAACCAGAAAGAUGGAAAUUUAAAUAAAAAUUCAAUCUCCGUUCAUGAAACUGUAAAUCAGUUAAAAGUUCCAAAACUUGAAAACUUAGCAUCAGAUUUAUCUCUGAAAGCUGUUGCCAGUGAUUCUUUGUGUUCAACUCCCGAAUCAUCAUGCACCGUAAUUGUUCAAGCAUCAAAAGACGAUGCAGUCUGUGUUACUUCACACAGUGAUUCAAAAAAUGACAAUACAAUACAGAAAGUUCUUUCUCCAGAAAGAAAAACAUCAAAAGAUAUAUUAAACAUGGAAAAAUCUACAAUUUCCUCAAAAAAUAAUGAAAUAUUAAAUUUAGUUCACGAUGCUGAAGUGAACGUAGAGUUACUUAACUCUCCUUCCAGACUUUCUAAAUAUAGGAAUAAUGAUACGAUAACUGACGAUGAAAAGACCGCAGAACUACCAAGAUUGAAAGAAUACAAUUCGUGCAUGAAGAAUACUAGCGCACCAGUUGAAUCGAGCUUAAACACAAAUGAAUCAGAGAAGAUAACUAUUGGUUCUCAAGAGAAAGCCAUUCCAUCUAGAGAAUUAUCCCAACAAAAGGUAAAUUCUUCCUCAAGAACAUCAUUGUCUUCAGCAGCUACUGUUUGGGAAACAAGGGUUCAUAAUAUAGAAGCAACUUUGCAACAGCUACAAUCACAGUUUAGGGAAUUAGAAGGUACCAUUGGACAAAUUUUGACAUCUCCUGAAGGUGCUGAUAUAUCUAGUGAAGUUGAAUAAAUGAUGUGUUCAUAGUCAAUUUGCUCCAUAAACCAAGAUGGUAUCUUAAUGGGUAUAUUCCCUUAGAACAACUCUGAUUUUUGCAUAACACCUUUAGAAUCGUAGCUAUAGAUAAUCAUUUAUCUCCAGAUUGAUUGUGACAAAUCAGUUUGUAUUUUCUUUAUUAAGUUUAUGAUUUCUAGAAGUAAUAUAUUUAAAAGAAGAAAUAAACCAAUGCAGCAUGUCAUCCUCUCCUGCUACAUCUACAGUCGAAAGAAAAUAUUUUGCAAAAAUCCAAGAGUACAAAGCAGAAUUUCAUCAGCUAGUCAUUCUUGUUUAUCAACUAAUUGGUGUUUGUGUAAUACAGUUAAGUUAGCUGUUUAAUGUGUCACUAUUUAUCUUUUGUUAUGUUAAUCUUAAGUCUGUUUAAAUGUAGUUCACAAAUGAAAUUCAUCCAGAAAUUAUAAGUGAUAUUUUAUUAUGGUGCGCAAUAUAUGCUAAUCAAACAGUGUUGUUUUAUUAACAAAUAAACAAAGAAGUAUUGUAGUUUUCAGGAAUGUAUAUAAUGUUACAGUAAAAUUAAUGGGGAAAAAAUUGUUAAAAUUCAUAAUUCUUUUUUGGCUUUGAACAAAUUUGAUAAUGUUGAAAUUUCCAAUUUCUUAUUAUAGUUAUUUAAAACAAGAACAUAUUUAUUAAGAUUAACACUUGACCAAAAGAAAAAAAUUUGCAUUUUUUGUGGAAUUUUCUUGGAUAGAAAAAUUUUGAAAUCAAUAAUGCAAGAACAUUAAAAAAGAAAUUGCAUCUUUUAUAUGAUAAAAGCUAAAAUAUUAAAAAACUUCUUCGAUAUUUAAAAGGUUUGAUUUAGAUACAUCAUACACAUAAAUAUGAAAACUUUGUAGCCAAAUUAGAAUUAGAUCAUUCGUAGUUAAUUCUUUGAGAUACGUCAUCAGGAGCAGCGUAAAGAAAUGCAUUUUAUGUUUGUGUUUCUUUCGAGAUCUGAUCUUGAGUUUCUGUAACAAAGAACUGCUCUUGCUGACUUGUCUCUAUGCAUAAUUUAAAAAGUAAACAAGAAAAAAAAUAUAUAUAUACUUAUUUAUUAGCAAAUUUUAAAACUGUUUUUAAGUUUCAAAAAUUAAAAUGUUAUCAUGCUGAUUAGUUUAAAUAUUAUCAAUACAUAAAUAUAUUUAGGAUGCUUGCCGAUAAGUUUAAUCUAUUUAUUAUUGUUAAAAUAAUAAUGUUCAUUUCAGAAUACGCAAUAAUAAUGUUCAUUAAUUUUAGAAGAUUAUAAUAGUUGUAAAUUGUUAUUGUUAAUACUUUUUCUUCUGGAAUUUAUAUUAAAUUACAUUUUAUCAUCAGUAAUUAACACAUUAUAAUUAAAAUGUAUUAUAACAAUUUGACUCCCGAGUAACUUCCAAUUAAUUAUAAUCCUUAGGAGAGAAAAUAACAAUAAUAAAAUAACAAUAGAGUUGUUUAGAAAGUAGUAUUUUAAUAAUAAUAUAGAGAGGAACAAUUGUGUUUGUGAUUUGUCUUACGAUACAGUAGAGUAUGGUGUAGAUAUAAUUUUUCCUAUAAUCAAUAACCUCUUUAGAUCGAUAUCACUUUGAUAUUUAUUUAGUACAGACUUUUACAUACCUUUGUCCUGUUUUUGGUAGUAUAGAGUUACAUUACUUAAUGCAUUUUCAUGCUUUAUCGAAAGUUACUUGCUACUGUUAAGAGAUCUCAUUAAGAAAUGAAUGCAAUCUCAUUUAAAAUAAUUUUUGCAACAGACUGCCAAUUUAUAUAAGCACCGAUUAUUCAAUAAUCAAAAAAAAA